AUGGCAGCACAAGAAGACGUCGCCCGUCUCGCCUCAGUUUCAGACUUCUGCGACUCUUUUGCGUUGAGCGACCUGUUGAUUCCGUUGAUGCCGUUGAGGUUGCCCCAGACCUUCGUGCAUGGCACCAAACUUGGCAUGUCUUGCUGGGAUGAGCGAUAUGCCGGGCUUGAUUCUGGCUUAUCAUCUACAACCAGCUUGACGUGCGUCAAUGGCAAGUGGCUCCUUGGCUUGGGAGGCCUCGGGCCAGGAGGUCAGGACAAGUUCCCCGCGACAAUGGGUCUGCAGGAGAUCGAGCGGAAGAACGAGCAAGAAAUCUGGUUUUUCAAUAGGAUGCGGCUGGCACUAGCAACAGAGGUCCUGUUGGACAAGGUCCACUGCAUGAAGUUUGGCCAGGGAGAUGAAUUUGAGAUGGUGCAGCAGGACUUCUGCAACGCCAACCUCGUCGCCGAGUUUUCGGCCACCACCAGCUCCGAUAGCCGUGUGGUGAAGAUGCUCCAGGGUAUCAACCAGUGCAUGGAGCAGACCAUCGUGGAAGACCAGCCGAUCCCUGUUCACAAGACGUGUGCGGCUGCCCAAGAGGCGCAGCAGGUCCCUGUGGAGGACAUGGGCGGAAUGCUUUGGCGUCUCCAUUCUGUCAGCCAUGAGAAGGCUGGCCACAGGCUUCAGAACUCGUUGGUUGACUGCACCGGCCGUGGGGCCGUUGGCAAGGUUGACAUGGAGCAUCUCUUUAACACGAAUCCGGGCCGGAUCACUGCCUUCCUCGGUCGCAUGACCUACCCGGUGUCGUACGCCGGGCCGUUGGAUGGAAGUUGGAGAUUGAUUUCCACAGAUGGGAUGGGAGGCGCAUAUCCGCCUCGAACAACCAAGAUGCGGGCCUGCGCCGCCUUUACUGAUAAUGGCGUGGGCACAACGCAAAUCCGCAUGAAGCUUCAGAAGAAGGGUGCCGCUGGAGUCUGGCAGGAUGCUUUCGAUGACCAGUUCACAACCUCGUAUUCAAACCUGGGUCUGCUGAAGCAAGUGUGUGGAAUGUGGCAUCCAGUCGUCCAGUGUGGGGUCAGCUGGGUCAACACAUGCCAGGUUCUGGCGAGCAGCGAUGCAUCCAUCAACGUGGACAUCCGGAGCUACGACUUCGAAUACGGAAGUGAUGACCCCAACGAUGCCAGGACAUACCGCGGUGUGAUUCCCGUUCAUGGCAGCUAUGAUGGCAGUCCCCCUGUCAACACGUGGACGCAACUCAACAAACCCGCAGAUGGCGGCGUGAUGCUCCAACUUUCGGACUACAGCUCCGCCAGCGAUGUCCGUGCUUGCGUCACGUACACAGAUGGGGCCACGCAGGUCGGGAAUAUGAAGAUACGGCUCAAGACCCGCGAGGAGCCAGGUACAGUCUACUUUGAAGACUCAUUUGGUGGGACGUGGUCCGCAAUGCGUUUGACGAACUACUGGUGUGGGAGUUGGCACCCGGUCUCCAAUAUCCAUUGCGGCCGCAGUUGGACUGAUACCUGCAAAGUUCAACUCCUCUCUGAGCACGGGGGACCCAUCCGGAUCUACAGAUACGAGCUGGAGCUCAGAAGUGCGAAUACUGCGAACAUUGUCACUUCAGUCCUGGGCCGCAUGGAUUUGGCACCGAGCCAGGCAAGCGCACAGCUGUCUGCACCGACCUGGCAGAAGAUUUCGUACACGACAGGUAUAUCGAUCGAUUCAAAGCUCUACCCAACUGCCACGGAGUUCCGCCUUUGCGUGUCCUUCACCGACAACGACCAUAGUCGAGGGGGACUGAGGAUCCGGAUUCGCCGGGUGGAUGGGGCCGGCGGCGUGACAUUUUUGGAGGAAGGCUUUGGCGAGACCCACUCCGGCAAUCGGCUCUUCCACCACAAGUGCGGCCAAUGGCACCGCGUCAGCACACUGUCCUGUGGCGCCAGCUGGAGUAACACGUGUCAAGUCGACAUGAUGCAAACUUCGGGUGCGGCGGUGGUGCUCUCCAGCUUGGACAUGGAGUAUCAGGCCACGCUACCUCGGGAUGUUUGUCGUUUUGCGCCCGUUAUCUCCAGCAUGGCACAAGAAGAGGUCGAGUACUUCAAGUUUGGCACGUGGCCGGAAUGGCAGUACAGGCUGUCAGAUGGUCCUGUGUAUUGCCCGGAGGGAACGGCGAUCACAGACCUGAACAUGACCUCGCAGCACCUGAGCUACAAGUGUGGCGUCGUUGCUGGCCUCGGCUCCUGCAUGGAGUGGUUCAGCCCGCAGGUGGACAUCCAGUCCUGGACCAAUUACCAGGCCUUGGGGUCUCUGAAGGUUGCAUGCAAGACGGAUUCCCUGCUCAAUGGCUUCCAUUUUGAGUUUUCAGAGGGUGGCAACUGGGCCCGGUUCCGCUACACGUGCUGCAAGGCCGCAGGUGCUCCCCUUGCGCUACUCAACAAGCUCCCGCUGCCGAUGAGACAAAUUGAGGGGCUGUACUGCCCUGUCCGGAAGGAUACAUCUGGCCGACUUGAGUACAGGCAGAAGUUUGCAGGCGAGCAGACCAUACAAGUUUCGGGCGAAGCUGCUGGCUGCAUUGGCGUGUAUGAAGCAGAGGGCAUGCAAGAGUAUGACGUCAGCGCAAAAGGAACUAUCAUCGGCUCGGCCAAUGCGGUGUACACCAAUGGCUGGGCUUCGAUUUGCCACAUCUACUGCGAUGACGAGCUCAUCAUCUCGGAGAAGAAGCCUGCGGGCGGCUCUGUUUUGACACCUCUGGAUGCUUGUGAUGGUGCUACCAAGCUGAAGAUCUGGGGCGGAGGGCACUGUGGUGGCUGCAGGGUGGCCGACUGGGCCUUGAAGAUCCAACCAUGGCCGGACCAGGCUGCGGUGCUCACACCUUCGGCGAUCGAACCCCAGUUGGUGCCGGCGCCGGGAGACGCCGCUGGCUGUGAUGGGUAUCAAGUUGCCGUGGGGACGCAGCAAUAUGACGUCAGUGCCACAGGGACCAUCAUCGGUUCACUGAAUGCUGUUCGUGUCAACGGCUGGGCCCCGAUCUGCUACGUCUACUGUGACGACGAGCUCAUCACGUCGUACAAAGGCGAAGGUUCAACCAAUCACCUGAUGCCCCUCACUGCCUGUGAUGGCGCUACGAAGCUCAAGAUCCAUGGAGGUGGGUACUGCGGGCACUGCAACGUGGAUGGCUAUCAGCUGCAAGUUCGCCCGUGGUCAAGCCAGACGCUGGCCGCCAUGCUGCAGGCGAAGAAGAAGGUCGGGGAGAAUUCAUCAGUCAGGACACAUUCCAAGCAGCAAGCGCAAGCCCUUGCGCCGAAGAGCCUCACCUUCGAUCCUUAUCGAGGAAGAUGGUGCAUAGGCGUGGCCUGCGCUGACAUGGACGGAAGGGUCGUUCCAGUCGGUUUGUCUGGCGCUGGCUGGGAUGUCGUGGAAGUCUCGGACUUCGAUGGCAAGUUUGAGGGCACAGGCGUGCCGAAGGCGAAAGGUGGUGCUGUGAAAGCACUUGCGUCGAUGCUGAGGAGAAUCAAGAACCCCAAGCGACCGAAGCAGCCGAAGAAGGUCAAGCUGGACGGCUACACGCCCGAGGAACCAACAUAUGCGGCCGAGUGUAUCGACUAUGGUGAGUUGUGGAAGAACAUCCAGGAGAGCUAUAAGGAUGCAGAUGGUCAGGUCACAGCUCACAUGAACAAGCUGGAAGCCGAGCCUGCCUAUCAACUCCCAGAGCAGCAUCCUUGCUUUGUUGCCGGCAAUGUCUCUGGCACUCGCGGUGAGAUUGGUGGGGGCGACGGCGGAAACACUGGCACCCAGAUGAACUACGCCGAGUUGGACGGCUGCGCUGCCCGCGUUGUCGCACGUGAGCUGGAAACAGCAAGGCUGGAGCGUGACUCCGCCAUCUACCAGACCAUUCAGGAGGUGUUCUCCGAGUCCAUGGACCUCGUGUGCGAUACCCCGCCCAACGUCGAGACCGCACCCAUGGGCAUCGGUGGCGAGUUCCAGCCGGAGGACUGGUGCGCUGAUGGCAAGGACUUCGCGAAGGCCAUGGUCCAGUACACGAACUUCAAUGUUGGGAUCGGGAUGGCACAUGCCCUUUACAACGUUGAGUAUGAGGACAAUCAGGACUGUGAUCCCAUGCAGGCCAUGGUGGAUCGUCUUUUCUGCGAUAUCCACUGCGUGCGAGAUGCGGUUGUGCGAGGAGAUCGCGCCAUCCUCCGGAAUCUGAAAGCGGCGACGGAUGUGACAAACAGCAAUAUGAAGAAGAUGGUGGAGUGGAGUGUGGCUGCAAACAAGGCAGAGACGGGCUGGCUUGCGGCCAAGAUCGACACUGCAGAGCAGCGUUUGGGCAUCCGUGUCCAGAUGGUGCAGGAGACGCUCAACGCCCAGGCGGGCGCUGCCUUCAUGGAGGAAGCCAAGGAGCUGAGCAGCCAGAUGCUGACCGAGCUCUCCGGCUUUGCGCAGGCGGCUUCCUUCAAUGCCUUAUCGCGUCAUACCGCCCGCGAUGCUCUGGAGAAGUUCGUAGCUGGUGCAGAGGUCCUCUCAGGCCAUGUAAACGCGAGCCGUGCUGCUGAAGCAUUGGGGCAGCUGUCUGCGCUACAUGCGACGCUUCGCAGGGCAGGCAGCGGCUCCCGUCUUGCUGCGCUCGGGGCGCAGUUCAAGCAUGAGGCAGAGGUGCUGCAAGAAGCCGCAAAGCAAGAACUGCAGGUACUUGGCAUCUACAAGGAACAUGGCAGGGUCACAAGCACCUCAGCACGUGCCUGGAGGAAAGAGGCGCAAGUGCAGGAAGAGCACCAUGCCUUGAUUGCAAUGGACCGGAUUUGGUGGGAGCUGCGCGGCAAGCUGGAUGAUUACUUGGAGGCGGCCGAGCUCCAGGUUGCAGCACUCCAGGACUCCCUUGCGGCUAUGGCCUCGUACGAGCAUUGCAGCUCGCACCUAGAAGAGGUACAGCGGAAAUACGCACAAAGUUUGUUGGCCAGGGAUCGUGGCCACACGGCGCUGAGGGCCACCUGGCGUGCCUGCUCGCGGCUCCUGGGCGAGCUAGCCUCGGUGGUCGCGGAUGGCGACGUCUUCGGGACAUUUGUGCAAGUGGAGGGAUGCGAUUCCCGCCUGGCUGCGCAGACCUUUCGGCAAGCACGAUCUGCCGUGGGAGGCAUGAAGCUCUUGAUCCACCGCUUCAAGGUGGCGGGUCUGGCGGCUCCGGAUGUGAACACCGUGCUUCAAUCGACGAG